AUGCCAGGGAGAAGCUACUGCGCAUGCGCCAACGUUUAAUACACAUUAAAACCUCCAGCCGUGUAAAUAUUUCCCAACAUCUUCCCGUGAGGCUCAUUACCUCGCAUCCUUAAGGAGAUGUCCCUGCGUGUCCUACUGGCUGUCCUGUGCAGCCUCCCUCUUACUGUGGGUGACCGAGAAGAAGUCCAGAUGGUUUGUGCCGGGCAGGAAUUCCAUUUACCGGUUUACUCGACAUCAAGAACCGUCACUUUCACACCAAACCCUGAAGGACCAAGGCGCGUCCUCCUUGAGAAGACCUUUGUAAGAGACCCUCGAUUCAAAUGGACCAAAGAUAAGAUGUUGGUGCUGAAGGAAGUGACUCAUGCGGACCAAGGACUUUAUUCCAUCAAACUGGGUUCUGGAUUCACCUACGAGACAGUUCGUCUGACUGUUUCAGAAUGCGUCAAGUCCAACUACAGAAAAUAUGGAGAAAACUUUGAGUACCACAUCCCCAACAAUGGCUCCGUCCUGGAGUUUGCUCCCCGAGGGACUCCGUCCGAGGCGAUGCCGAUAGUUCUGUGGAACCUUACCAACCAUGACACCAGUGUUGCGGGUCGGGGACGGCUGCUGCGAGACGGGAAGGUCUGGGUGGCUGAGAGAGUGACGCAGGCCGACCAGGGCAACUACACGGUGCGUGACGCCGAAGGCACGGUGGUGUCCCACAUCACCCUCAUCGUCGGCGGACACAUUUUCAAUGUGACUCGCAAUAGCAAAGGGUCUCUGGCCCUACCUCUCUUUCUCCCCGUACCACAAGCGUACCUCAUGUUUACCACCGUUCGACGCCCUGACGAAUCCUCGCUGGAUUUUUUAAACCUCCGUCGUGGUCCUUCGCAGCUGGUCCACGAGGGCCAAAUAACCAACCAAGACCCUCGGUUCAGGGGUCUCGUCUCCAUAGGCUGGAACGGCUCCACUAACGUGGUCGUCAUAGCGAGGCUAACCCCAAGUCACGAUGGGGUCUAUGAAAUCAGAGACAGGGAUGGGAACCUGGUGUCGGCCACCUGGUUGCAGGUGACAGAAAAGGUGGACAAGUUGCGAGCCCUUUUCAAGUCCAUCACUGUCCCUUUUAGCUUGUUUCUGUCUCUGACGGGGGUACUGCUGUUCUUGAAGCGCUACCCUUGGCCCGCCUGUAACCCAUUGAAGAUUUCCGCGUGGUUCAGGAAAAAGCGCACUCCGCAAGCACAGCCCCAGAUGGUCAACAUCCAGAAUUACAGUGAUCCAAGCCCUCAGGCUCCCGGCUACUACAAUCAUGUCCAGCAGCCUGGAACACCAAGGAAAUGGACCCCGGUUGCCAGUCCAGUUCAUACCGGUUAUACUGCUGUGAUGGGAGCAACAACACCUCGACCCACUCCUGUUUGUGCAAAAGCAGAGAACCGGGAAGCGCAGAACCUGACUCCCGAAACAACUAACGAGGACGAGGGGAACAUUUCCUUCCCGUUGUCCGGGGCGUCAGAUUGCCUCCGCACCUCUGAAGACUGUGUUCAAUUUCAGAUCAAAAAGCAGCCGGUUCAAGAAAGAUGGAGUAAAACAAACGAGUAUUUUUCUCUGCUGCCACUAGACACGGAUACAUCUGAAACCUGCAGCGUUUACACUUCCAAGAAGCUGAACGUCUUGUAGUGCACGGAGGAGCAUGUGAAAAAAGUUACAGAAAAGGCAAAGACUCACUUGUGCCUUUUUGCAAUCAAGCCUAUACUGUAUUUUAAAUAAAUUAGUAUCCACAUUGCAUGCCAUUAUUCCAAUUGUAAUGGUAUUUUCCUGCAGCAUGAUAAGAGUAUUAGCCUUUCCUGCUUCAUACUUGUCAUUUAUUUACUCUGAUGGGGCUUCAAAAGUCUCCCACCCUCUGAUGUUACCUACCUCCAGACCCUCAGGACCACCCAGAUCUGCACAGUAUAUAUUUGCUGAACCUUUGAAAGUGUUUCCUCCGAGAUCAUUAUGGGGCUUCAUAGAAAAUAGACCCUGUGAUGUAAGUGUUUGCAAAAGAGAAUAGUCACUAACUGUGAAUAUUUACAAUGUUAAAUGUGCGGUAGUAUAGUUAUCUUACUAUGAUAACCUCGUUGGUACUGUAAUGUACAGUAUAACACGCCACAUUGAACAUUGUAUUGUAUUGUACUGGAUCACCAAAUCUUUCCAUUUGAUGACAAUGACACAUUUUAUUUUUGUACCAUAUGUAUAUUGUUGAUUUUAAAAAUUUAAAAUAUAUCUCAACAGA